CACAUUCUUAUUCAACGAAAAGUCUGAUGCACCGUCGACCCAGACCACUCUCAACGGCUACAAGGUCUCUCUACUUGGUGCUACUCGCAUUACGCAUUCUUAGCGCCUUUGCACCUGGCUAUAUACAUCCAGACGAGUACUUCCAGUCCGCCGAGAUAACUGCAGGCGACGUUUUUGGCAUAGAUGUUUGCCUCCCAUGGGAAUACCAGCCAAACUUACCAUGUCGCUCUAUUCUUAUACCAGCUAUCUCCACCGCAUUACCUUUCGCAAUUCUCAAAAGAUGGAUCAACCUCCAGACAGAUCAAUACGUUACCGCGCGCUCGCUCUUCCUGACACAAAGACUAGCCUUUCUCCUACUCUCUGUCGUAAUUGACUGGGCAGUAUUAGGAAUAGCACGCCAGAUCAGGCGAUCACCUUCCAUCGCACUGUUACUUGUCUCAUCAUCCUACGUCACGCUCGCCUACCAUACGCAUCCUUUCUCAAAUACUGUCGAGACAACGGUCCUUGCGCUAUGUGCACUGCUGCUUGGACGUAUUAUUCAAGAGCAGGAAUCGCCAGAAGAAACGAGAACUAGUAUAGGGGCUAGGCCAUCAAAACCAGAUACGACACACCCUACAGGAGCCCCGGAAUUAAGGACAACGUCACCAAUUCUUUCUUUUGGAUUAGGAAUCCUGUUCUCUAUAGGAAUCUUUACUAGGAUCACAUUCAUUCUUUAUGGCUUUCCUUUGGGCAUCAUGUUCCUAGGCCUUAAUAUGAAGGCAUCGUUCAAUGGCUGCAAAUCACUUUUAGCAGGAGUAAGGCAGUUUGUUAUUUCAUGCAUUCCCCUUGCUAUAGGGCUAGGAGGUACAGCUAUACUAUCUAUCCUUGUUGAUUCAUUCUAUUUUGGAAAGCUGGUUAUUAUUAACAAGAUCAGUGGACAAGCCUUGACAUCUCGAGAGCUGCUCUCUACUAGUCCUUUGGAAUGGACGAAUCUCUCCUACAAAGGAUCAUUAGUCAUGACAAUGCUCAACAAUAUAAAGUACAAUUUGAAGGAAGAGAAUUUGGCCCAACAUGGGCUUCAUCCGAGAUUCUUUCAUGUGCUCGUAAACUUCCCAGUACUCUUUGGAAAUCUUGCCUGGAUUGGGCUUAGCACGCUCUUGUCUAAAGUUCGAGCCAGAGAAUGGAGAAGCAAGAAUAAACUCAUCACAGCUCUGUCGUACUCAGGUAUUUGUGGAAUUUCAGUUCUGUCGGCCAUGCCUCAUCAAGAAGCAAGGUUUUUGACACCGCUGAUUUUGCCCCUUGUUAUCUCGCUUUCUGGGCGUAUUUCAAAAUUGGGUUGCAAGUUUUGGCCCUUAUGGCUUUUGAUCAAUUUGACAGGGGCCAUAAUCUUUGGAGCAUUUCAUCAGUCUGGGGUUGUACCGGCGAUAAAUUUGGUCCAGCAUCAAUCUCUAGGGUUUCAAGACUGCCAUGUGGUCGAGCCAACAAAUACGCAUGCCAUAUGCACAGUAUAUCCAUCUCAGAGUGGUGUGUUACAUAUGGAUGAUGGCAUGAGCUAUACUACUCACGUUGUCUUUUAUAAGACUUAUAUGCCUCCCCACCAUCUUUUUGGAUAUAAUCGCUUAGCAGCAAAGGGCUGCAACGUAGAUUUAAAGAUCUCUGAUUGGCGUCAGAAAUCCCGAGUAGAGGUUGUUGCAGAUCUCAUUGCGGAGAGACAAAGAGUGCCGUUAGCGCCUGACGUAGAUUUACGGAAAAAGCUGCUAGAAGAAAAAGGAGGAAAGGCUGUUAUUUUUAGGAGGAUAGGUCCAAAGCAGUUUGAGCGCACUAUUUUAAUUGCGCCUGCGACCGUCGACUUUUCUCGCGAAUACUUUUAUGAAAGCAGGGAUUCAAUAGCAAGACAUGCUAACUUGGAUCAUCUCGACAUUAUAUUACAGAAUCCACUCAAAUACUUGUCGCUAAACAUUUUCUAUCUCUAA